UUUCAGGAUACGAUGGACUUGCGCACCGUGCGCAUUGCGGUGGUCGGGGACUCUGGCGUCGGGAAGACUUCGUUGGUUCACUUCGUAUGUCAUGGCACGGUGCUGGCUCACCCUACAUGGACGAUUGGAUGCACCACAGAAGUCCUGCUGCAUCAAAACGACACGUUCGUCGAGUUUGUCGACAUUGGCGGCAAUCCAAGGUACGAGCUCAGUCGAGCGGCGUUCUACCACGAGCUGCACGGAAUCAUCUUCGUCUACGACAUGAGCAACAUCCGAUCGUACAACAACUUGCGAAAAUGGAUCACCGAACUUUCUCUCGCGCAGAAGAAUCGACCUCAUGCAGUUGCCAACCCCGACAACGUACCCCACACUAAUCGGUGCGUUGCCGACGUUGGUCAUUGGAAACAAGCAAGAUGCCGUCCAUACGCAACGUAUGGCACCUCUUCGCGACUUAAAAAUGGACUCCCUUGAGGCUAGCGCCAUGGAAGGGCGCCUGGACCUGCCUCGCUUCCAUCUCUUCCUCGACCGCGUCAUAGCCACAGCCUUCACGUCGACGCCGCGGCAGUCGAGCCACGGCAUUGUCCGAAACCGGGGCCCUACCUCCACGGCAUCGCCCCACGGCACCCCAACUUCAGCCUCGACCAAGAGUUCCUGGUGGUCUUAACUUAGUUCUUUCCGCCAGAGUCUCCAACAACUCACAUAUAUGUAACACAUGCCGUUGUUUG